AUGGUGUUCAACAUCAAGAGACUCUUUCGCAUAUCCUCGGACAAACACGGGAGAAAAGGACCGCAGACAGACACAGACUCGCCGAGCGAGGACGAUGUGUACAGCCAGAGAUUACAAAACGACCCGUCCAGUCGACACUGGGCCUCGUCAUCCUCGAAUUCACUAUGGAAUCUGACCAAAUCCAAGGACGACCUGCAAAGUGGCCAAAGCCGGCAAAAUGGGCAUGGGCAGAGCGGGCAGAACGUCCAGAAACAGCAAACCGACACCUCCUCGACAAAAGGCAUCCGAAUCAAGGCUCCUCGGAUCGGUCGAGGCAAAGAGCACGGAGGGUACUUCAACAACUUGGCAGCCGGCGGCGGGGCCAUUUCCAACGGUUCAGAGCCGAAGCUGGACGCGAUGUUUGAUGAGUUACAAGAUCCUUCACAAGAUGCCAAGGACGCGCUGGGAGUCGAGUCAACAAUGGCCUACUUGACAUCCUUAGGACUGAACCCGGAAAGCGGAGAAGUUUUUGUGGCGUUGGAGCUGGUUCAAGCACCGAGUCUUGGUGAGAUCACCCGCAAGGGCUUUGUCGAUGGCUGGAAGACAAGUGGCAGCGUAACAAAAGAGGAACAGGCCAAAUACAUCACGACCCUCUUAAAACACUUUUCAACCGACCUUGCCUACUUCAAGCGGGUAUACCGGUACACAUUUGGUGCCGGAAAAGAGCCUGACCAGCGGUCUAUGAGCCUGGAGAAUGCAAUUGAGUUCUGGAAAGUCCUCUUUGCGGCACCCGGCCGCCCCUGGAAGACGGCCUCGCGCGAUUGGACCCCGCUCUGGAUCGCGUUCCUUGAGGAGAAGUGGACGCGGUCUGUUAACCGCGACAUGUGGAACCAGACGCUCGAAUUCGCCAUUAAGUGUAGCGAGGACGAGACAUUGGGCUUCUGGAACGAAGACGGCGCCUGGCCUAGCGUCAUCGACGACUUUGUCGCGUGGUGCAACGAAAAGGGCUACACAGGCAACAAGAAGGACUCCAUGGACACUUCCGAAUAG